GGCGGCUGUGCCAAAAUCAGAUUCGUUGGACCGCAGCCAGAGUUCCCUGCUAGAGAUGGGUCCAUAGGUUUUGACAGCUUUUUCCCAGCAUCUUAUCAGUUUGUGAAAACUCCAAAGUGCCACAACUGCUACGAUCCACGAGUUCUUGUUGCCUUUAUCAACAUUCUGUUGGGUUUGCCGGUGAUUUACAUGUCAACCAGCGGGAGCCUGGCCUAUUGGACAAUUUGCAUCAGUGGAUUUUGGACAAUCAUUCUCACAUUUGAUCCACCGCUUGUGGUGAAACCCCAGGACCCGGAGUCUCUGGCCACGCUCAUUUCGCUCGGUUUUGAAAGACUGCUGCCAUUGUGCUUCAUCCUCUAUGUCGUCUGGAAAGCUGCCUGUCAAACAACCCUCAGUCACCCGUCAUCGCCCAUCUGCAAAACUCUGAUAUGGUACCCGCUGUUUUGGGUCGGAAUGCUCAACAACGUCACAUUCGACAGGCUUCCUGUAGACCGGCUCACCAUAACGGACAUCCUUACACAGCCAGGGUCGAUUUUUGCAACGCUGGGCAUUGCCAUGACCAUAGCCGUCGGCGUGGUUGUCCAGGCGUACCACUUGUGGAAGGCCGGCAAGUUUCAGAUGUACCUCAAGCUGUAUCUUGGCUUUAUUGGAGCUCUGACGGUGCUGGGAAGUCUUUCUGGUCUGAACCUCAGAAUCCAUCACUAUAUCCUGGCUCUGCUCCUUAUUCCAGGAACUAACACCAAAGGUAUGACUGCAAUGUUGUUCCAGGGUGUCUUGCUUGGUCUGUUGGUGAACGGGGUUUCACGGUGGGGACUCGCAUCGAUCGAGGAGACCGACAGAUCACUGCGACGGUCUGAUCCUACAGGAGAGAUCAAGCCUCCGGAGUUUCUGGGGUACGAGCGCUCGAACUCCAGUGUUUCCUGGCAGAUCCGCGAAACAGAUAAUCCGGUAAUGAUCAACGGCGAGUUUAUCUCGCCUCACGACAAACUUAAUCGGUACUCGCUCCUCAUCAACGACAUAGAGUGGUACAACGGUCCGAAUAGCUCUGUGAGCCUGGAGGCCCUUGCUGCCGAGAACGACCAGUUCGCUGAGCUGCUGGGAUACGCUUCUAACCAUUCGGAGGAACAGAAACUGUACCUAAGAGUGGGCAGGGCUGGAGGUACCAGGAGAAGUGACUACACGAAUGCUGCGGUUUUGAAAUAUCCGUCUGGAGAGUUUGUGCCUCCUAAACCAGGUCUCACUAAAUAAAUUAUUAUACACGGCGACUAGUUUUAUUAUAGGCCGAGAUGAAGGACAGCUUUUUGACGAUGUCGAGAUCUGGGCCGGUCAACUUGAGAGAUCCGUAGUUGGACAACUUCUCCCUAAUGGUGGUUGGCUUUAAAUCCCCAAGAUCAAAGAUCUUGAGCUUGAACUUCACAUCCGGCUUGGUAUGACUCAGGUGAGCAAAAAGAUACGACGCUGUCGAUUGAGGGAUGGGAGUGGUCACCAAUGAGGGAGGCAGAACUUUGAUGCUGAUCGCCUUGAACUCAAAUGUGUCUUUAUAUGCGGAGUACAAGGCGGCCAGUUCUAUCGGCGGAAAUGCAAGAACGCUCCUGUUGUUGGAAGUUGUACCUUCCGCUAGGACAAAUAGCACGUUAUUUUUUAAUUUGAACAGGUCCACCGCGUCGGCAGCUUGUGUGGAGACUUCAGGUUGAGCUAGAGCAAAGCUGAAGGUUUCGAAAAAACCGUUCAGUUUCCUGAGAUUUCCCCUGCUGUCUGCGGUAAGGAAAAUGCAGUUAUUCGUUUUGCUCACCAGGUACAGGACAAGACAGUCCAACGGAGAAGAAAAGUUGACAAACACCAACUGGCUACUGUCGGGCCGCUUCAAGUUGAUCAGUUUGGUAUUGGACUUCUUGACUCCAUCAGCUAGAAACUCAAUCUCGCUAACAUUGAACAUCACCAGCAGCAACAACCUGAGUGCCGGCCUGAACAAAAAUCCAACAGGCCAGCAUAGAGCCGCCAACAAGAACAGAAAUACCGACAGAACUGUCUUUAAAAGUGCCAUCACGGGACCCAGCACAUACUUCACCAUCACGGGCCUUUUGGCGGGCGGUAUUGGCAUAAAGGGAGAGAUCCCCGUGCC